AUGUUGUUCAGCCGCCCCGAGAGCAGGCCAGGAGACAUCGAAGAGUCUCAAGCCCUUGUUGACGAUGUCUCCUUCGACGACAGUCACGAGUUCGAUGAGCUUGAUGAGAAGCGACAUAUCCAGAGCAGACGAAGGUUCGACAUGUUAUUCGACUGGCUAAGGGCGAUAGGAGCAAAACGCCUCCCAUUCUCGCUCAUAGUGCUCUUCCGCAUGGUGCCGACCUGCGUUGGCUCUCUGCUAAUAUUCCUGCUCCCCUCCUUCAUCACCAACCUCCUCCGGCGCAAGCUUCGGUCUACCCCCGAACCAUCGCAGCCACGCAUAAUAAGCCCGACAGCGUACCUCGACGGCCUGCGCGGCGUCGCCGCCCUCGUCGUCUACGUCUUCCACCUCGGCUACCUCUGGUUCCCGUUUCUGCGCCACGGCCACGGCGCGCUGCACAGCGAGGACCUGUUCCUGCAGCUGCCCGUCGUCCGGGUCCUGCAUUCGGGUAGAGCGAGCGUGACUCUCUUCUUCGUCAUCUCGGGCUACGUCAUCUCGGCGCGCACGCUGUCGCUGAUAUACCUUCAACACCAUCGCGGCGGGGCGCAGCAGCAAGCGGAGGGCCGCGUGCUCGAGUCGCUGGCCGGGUCGCUGUUUCGCCGGCCCUUGCGGCUGUACUUGCCCGUCGUGGCGUCGACGCUGGUCAUCCUGGUGCUGUUGCGAUUCGACGUCCUGAUCAAGGACCCGACGAAGGGCGCUGCGCUGCCGCCGCGGAAAGACGGGCUGGGCCAGCAGCUGUGGCAUUGGCUGGCGCACAUGCUGUUCAUGAUCAACCCCUUCCGGCCGAUCACGGGCCGCGCGAACCUGUACAGUCCGCCUUAUAACGGACAUCUGUGGACGAUCCCGGUCGAGUUCAAGGGCUCGGUCACGGUGUUUGUCCUGCUGCUUGCGUUUGCGCGGGCGAGGCGCUGCGUCCACCUCGCGGCGGCGGCGGCGGCGGCGGCGCUCUGCUGUCUGGUGCAAAUGGGGGACUGUGACCAGGCCUUGUUCUGCGCCGGGAUGAUUCUGGCGGAGCUUGCGUUGCGCUUCCCGCCUGUAUCGGAGAAGAGCGUCGUCGAGAUUCCCUGCUGUACGCGCCCCCUGAGUCUGUUCGGUGCGAAGACCAGGCGAAGGUGUCGCCACAUCUUGACUAUCAUCUUGUUUGUCUCGGGCCUGCACUUGCUGAGCUAUCCGGAGGAAAGAUGCCCAAAGAUGCCCGGCUACCGCACCAUCUCGAGGCUCGUGCCGCCGUUCUAUGCCAAGAAGGAAGAAAACACACAGCUGUUCUGGAUGUCGGUCGGCUCCGUGCUCUUCAUCCUGGCCCUGAUGUACUCGCUUCCUUACAACAGCGAAAGCUACGUCAAACCAGCAGAGGAGCCCUUGCCACACCAUCAAGCAGCUAUGCGGGCCCCAGACG